AUGGCCGCCGUAGCGCUGGCGUGGGCGCCGCUCCCUGGCAUCGGUCGCAGAUAUCUGACCACAGCAGAUGCGAACUCCGUUGGGCCACGUGACCGCCGCGUGGUGGCGCUGGCGGCGAGGACGGGGGUGGCGGAUGGGCUGAGGAAGGGAAUCGCCGAGUUCUACGACGAGUCCUCUGGCGUGUGGGAGAGCAUAUGGGGCGACCACAUGCACCACGGAUUCUACGAGCCAGGAGCGACGGCCUCCAUCGCCGACCACCGCGCCGCGCAGAUCUGCAUGGUGGAGGAGGCCCUCCGCUUCGCCGGCGUCUCCGGUUGGUCGCCGCCGCUAUUCUCUCCCAUCUUUCCCUCGUUCCUCACUUCCGUUUUUUAGUAUCUCGUCCGACCAGUGACUCAAUUAUUCCUCUACUUUCCGACGAGCAAGCAGGUUGGUUUGCUAUGGAUCUUUGAUGGAGAAUAAUCUCUGGUUGUUCUCUUACUUUUUUUCAAGCUAGAUUUGUCUCCCCUGCCUCAUUAUGCGCUGCUUUUUUCUGGGAGCCGCUUAAUCCUACCGGAUCUGUGCGCUGCCGCUGCCGGAACAAGAGGAGACAAUCGCGCUGUUUCGGUCUCGCGGCGUGCUCUCUGCGGCCGAGGCGAGGUGUACUCCCUCGGUGUUCCCUCUGUCCUGAUCUUCCGUCGAAUAGCAGAUCCAAAUGAGUUUUUCGUUCUCGAUGUCGAAACGUUCUUGCUGCUAUUCCAUCAUUCGAUUCAUCUGAGAUACUCUUCGUCGCGAUGAUUUCGGAAAACUUAAUGGAGUUCCUCGAGAACACAUCCUGUGUUUGGUCUUGAUUUUGUUCGGCUGUUGAUGUUCUUGGAGUUCCUCGAGAACACAUCCUGCGUUUGGUCUUGAUUUUGUUCUGCUGUUGAUGUUCUCGGAAACAGAUGAUCCUCUGAGGAAGCCGAAGAACAUCGUAGAUGUCGGAUGCGGGAUCGGAGGGAGCUCAAGGUAUCUAGCAAGGAAGUACGGGGCAGAAUGCCGGGGCAUCACUCUGAGCCCCGUCCAGGCCAACCGAGCUCAGUCCCUCGCCGCCGCGGAGGGCUUGGGCAACAAAGUAUGUACAAAUGCCUGCUGAGGGAAUAUCACCAAUCAGAAUACGCUGUUCAUCGGCGAGCCUUGAUUGUGGAUGGUCUUCAAGAGGCUUCCCUAAUUGUAAGAUGCUUAUUGAGGUUGGGCUUGGCGGCAGGUGUCCUUCCAGGUCGCAGACGCCCUGGAACAGCCAUUCCCCGACGGACAAUUCGACCUGGUUUGGUCCAUGGAGAGCGGCGAGCACAUGCCCGACAAAACCAAGGUACAAUAUCCUCUCUCUCUCUCUCUCUCUCUAUGAUCCUACUGAGAAAGAACACCUAGCCUUCUCUGCGCCAAACAGCUUGUACUACCGCCUCUCCUCAAGAUUUCGGAGAGACCCAUCUUGAUGAUGAUUAUGCAUCUCUCUCUCUCUCUCGCAUGGCUGCGGAGCUACGGAUUGUCUUCACAUUGAUCCUUCUCUGGUAUUACUAUUUAACGGUGGGGACUUCGUUGUUGUUCCAGUUUGUGAGCGAGCUAGCGCGUGUGGCGGCGCCGGGAGGAAUCAUCAUAAUCGUGACCUGGUGCCACAGGGACCUCCUGCCGUCGGAGAACUCGCUGACCCCCGACGAAGUCAAACUGUUGGACAAAAUCUGCGAGGCCUACUAUCUCCCGGCGUGGUGCUCCGCCGCCGAGUACGUGAAGAUCGCCGAGUCCCUCUCGCUGCAGGUGAGUUAACUUUUCUAAGAGAGAGAAUGCAGAAGAAUGCCAGAUGAAAACUCCUGUCUGGUCCAGGACAUCAAGUCGGCCGACUGGUCGGAGAACGUGGCUCCCUUUUGGCCCGCGGUGAUUCAAUCCGCCCUCACCUUGCAGGGCUUCGUAUCUCUCCUCCGCAGCGGUGAGCUCCCAUCCCUCUCCUGAUCCCUUCAAACUUUCUUCCCGAGAAAUUUAAUGGAGAACCGACCCUUCGGCUUCCUCGACUAGGGUAGAACGCGGAUGGGCCUCUCUCUCUCUCUCUCUCUCUCUCUCUCUCUCUCUCUCUCUCUCUCUCUCUCUCUUAAAUCCCUCAGUUUGAGGAAAAUACUAACCUUCUAGCGUGCGUUGGGAAUUGUGGGGCAGGGUGGAAGACGAUCAGAGGAGCCCUAGUGAUGCCGCUGAUGAUCGAAGGCUUCAACAAGAACCUCAUCAAGUUCGCCGUCAUCACCUGCCGCAAGCCUUGA